CUCGCAAGUGAGUCAUAGCAAUUGUAUUCUGAUCAUUAGCAAGAUACUAGAACAACAUAUCAAAGAUAUGGGGAAAGUAUCUUUUGUGUUUUUAGCUUUGAUGCUUAUAGUGGUGGUGAUAGGGGUUGUGGAGUGCAGGAGAUUUGAAAAGGAGACGUUAGGAGGCGGUGGCGGUGGACUUGGUGGUGGUUUUGGCGGCGGCAAAGGUUUUGGUGGUGGUGGAGGUGCCGGUGCUGGUGGAGGUUUUGGAGGUGGUGUAGGAGGAGGACAUGGUGGCGGUUUAGGAGGUGGCAUUGGUGGAGGCCACGGUGGAGGUAUUGGUGGUGGUGCUGGAGGUGGAGGUGGUGCCGGUGGAGGACUUGGAGGAGGCCAUGGUGGUGGUGCCGGAGGAGGUGUUGGCGGAGGACUCGGAGGAGGCCACGGUGGUGGUAUUGGUGGUGGUGCUGGAGGAGGUGCUGGUGGUGGUCUAGGAGGCGGUGCUGGUGGAGGACUAGGAGGAGGCCAUGGUGGGGGUAUUGGCGGUGGUGUUGGAGGAGGACAUGGUGGAGGUAUCGGCGGUGGUGCAGGUGGAGGAGCCGGAGGAGGAUUUGGUGGUGGUGCAGGCGGAGGAGCUGGGGGAGGAUUCGGUGGUGGUGCAGGCGGGGGUCACGGUGGUGGUGCAGGCGGAGGAUUCGGAGGAGGCGCUGGUGGAGGAGCUGGCGGAGGAUUUGGUGGUGGUGCAGGCGGGGGUCACGGUGGUGGUGCAGGUGGAGGAUUCGGAGGAGGCGCUGGUGGAGGAGCUGGCGGAGGAUUCGGCGGUGGUGCAGGUGGCGGUCACGGUGGUGGUGCAGGAGGGGGUUUUGGUGGAGGAUCAGGCGGAGGAUUUGGUGGUGGUGCCGGUGGAGGAGCUGGAGGAGGAUUCGGAGGUGGUGGUGGUGCCGGUGGUGGAUUUGACGGUGGAUUUUAAAUUUCUUAGUAAUUAAAAUAUUCAUACAAAAUCUAAUCUUGGCUUUUAACUAAGCAGGGCUAGUUACUUAUGUACCACGUCAUACAAGAAGAAAGCAUAUCAUUUAUCUUUGGUAAUUUAUUUUGUAAGAAUAAUCAUAUC